AUGGCAAUUGGUUCUGGAAUUGUAUUUAUGCCUGUGCAAAUAGGCAUUAAAGGUAUUUGGGUGUUUAUUGCUGCGACAAUAAUUUCCUAUCCAGCUAUUUAUUGGUUACAGAGUCUUUAUCUUAGAACACUAUCAGAGUCUGAAGAAUGUAAUGACUACGCAAGUGUGAUUACACAAUACUUGGGUAAAAACUGGGGGAUUGCAUUAGGUAUCGCAUAUUUCCUGAUGCUAUUGCAUGGCGGUGGUUAUGGCUCCUUACCUGGAACUUUGCCAAUAUCACCGACUUUCCGAUUUUUACCAUUUAUGCGUGAUGUUUUCCUGACGUUGCCAUUCACACUAUUUUCUAUUUUAUUUGUACAAAUAUUAAGCCCAAUGAAUAUUGCUUACCGUAAAAUAGAAAGUGACAAGCGAGUUGCAACAUAUCGUGCUAUACGAGCGAACCGUGUGGCUUAUAUUAUCUUAGCUAUUGCCGUUCUAUUUUUUGCUUUCUCUUUCACUUUCUCAAUUAGCCAUGAACAGGCAGUUUCAGCAUUUGAGCAAAACAUCUCCGCCCUUGCUAUUGCUGCGCAAGUUAUUCCUGGAGCCGUUGUGAAGGUGAUGACUGCACUGCUGAAUAUUUUUGCCAUCUUAACUGCAUUUUUAGGUAUUUAUCUGGGGUUCCAAGAAGCCAUUAAAGUUAUUGAACCUUAUUUAACACCAGAUUGCGUGGUACCUAAGAAACCAAUUGAAUUAAUGCGAACUGCUUGGAGUAAUAAAAUUCCUAUGAUUAUCGGUGGAGUGUCAAAUGAGGGAUUACUUUUAUAUACAGAAACUAAAACAAAUCCAAAACUAUUGAAUGAUUUGGGUGACUGCCGUUUUGUUGUCCCAAUGGAACUUAAUAUGGAUCGUGAUAGUGAACUUUGCAAAGAGUAUGGUCAACAGUUAAGAAAGACGUACUAUGGUGAAAAAGAUCCUAGCUUAGAGACUUUGCAUGAAUAUUUACUGAUGGUCUCACAUGAAUAUUUCUGGUUUCCAAUAUACCGUACAGUAUUAUCGCGCAUGGAGCAUGCUCCAGAUGUACCCACAUUUUUAUAUCGAUUCGAUUUCGACUCUAAACAUUUUAACCAUCUACGCAUAUUGAGUUGUGGAAAAAAAGUACGUGGCACUUGUCAUGGUGACGAUCUCUCCUAUCUUUUUUACAAUUCAGUAGCUCGUAAGUUGAAGAAAACCAGCAGAGAGUACAAAUGUAUUGAAAAAUUGGUCGGCAUGUGGACACAUUUUGCUACCUAUGGAAAUCCAAACUUUGAUCCUGAACUAACCGAAUUAUGGCAACCAUUAACACAUGUAGCUGUUGAGAAACGGCAGCCUAAGUGCCUUAAUAUAUCAGAUGAUUUGAAAGUGAUCGAUGUGCCAGAUAUGAAAAAGUUGAUGAUGUGGGAGAGUUUCUUCGGACGUAAUGAGCUAACAUAGAUAGUUUAUCUGAAAAUCUGCUCUGCUGUUCUGUUUUAUAAUUUAUUGUUAGCUAUAUGGUUCUUAAGUUUUCUUUAAGAACUUGAGCAAAUUGUUUAUUAAGUUAAAGCUAAUAACCUUACGGUUGUCAUUAGAUAAAUUUAUAUUCUAAUCCGUUGAUUUUUUUCUUUUUUUAAGAGUUAGCAUAAUUCGUUAUACUAUAGAUUUAAAAUUAAACGUAAAGCUUUAAAACUUUUAAAGAAACUACGAAAGGAACUAAAUUAAUUUCUAUGAGAUAAAAACUAUUUAACUUUAUAUUCUAGCAAACUAAGUGAUGAAUUGUCUUGUUAAAGUUGUAUAGCACGAAAAAGGUAGAAAAUAUUGCAAUGCAUAAUGUUGAGAUAAAUAAAAUGUGAUUUGUUUAUAAGCAAAUAUCGGUUAGGUAUAGAUCGAGACAUAGUUUUUAGUAUAAAUGAACUAUUUUUUGUCAAACGAAACAAAUUAAACUAAACUUGUUGAAACUAAGCACAAAAUAGCUUAAAUAAAGGGCUUAAAUUAUAGUUUUAAAUUUAAGGAUAAAGAUGAUAUUUAAGAAUGAGAAAUUUUUUUUGAAUUGAAUAAGAAAGUUAUAAGUCGCAACUGAAGUACCUACAGAUAAAUGGAAUUAUUGUAUACUAGGCGUACAAAAUAAAAUAAAUAAAAAAUAAUAAAAUAUAAUUAAAUUAGAUUUGCUUUAAAGCAAUUUUACUAUAUACAUAAUUUAGGAAACUAUGGCUAUCUUCUUCCUUUAGUGCUAUUGUAGAAAUUUAGUUGACUAUUUCCAUAGUUUUAGAUUUGGCUAUUAUUAUUUUAAGAACUUUCGUACCAUCAUUUUAACAAAAACAAACUAUGCAUUGGUAGUUUUCAUGAGUAUCUUCAAUGCGAACUAAUAUAUACCUUUUAUAUUUCCUCAUAAGUAAAUCAAUACCAUACAAAUAAAAAUUAAAUAUCUUCAGCCACGAAAGCAACAACACGCUAUAACUACCACCUUCUGUGUCCAACUUUUCAAAGAUCCUAUUUGUAGCUGAAGAGCCACAGUUUAUGAAAAUGAUAAUACAUAUUCUCCAGUUGUCAUACAAAAUAUACACAUGGUACACAUUUAACUUUAGAGACACAGUCAAGAUACUCGUGAAAUAACUUUAAUUAAUAGUAAAAUUUUAUUAGAAUAUAGCAGACAUAAUAAUUUUUACUU